AAAAGAGAAGAGUAAAGGCCCUAAGCACAGUGGAAGGUAGCGGGAGAUGAUGAACAACAAGAGUGAAGACAGAUUCUCCGAUGACGAUGUCUGGGAGGACGCCAUGCUCGAAGAGUUAAUCAAAACCGAAGAGCUUGUCCUCUCUUCAAAGGCAAAACCACCUUCCAACCCUUCACUCUCUCACCCUCCUCCUCUUCCUGCCAUUUCCUACGUUCCUCAACAACCGCUUCGUUCCGUCGCGGUUUCUACCUGCGACGCCGCUGGCUUCUCGCCACCCCGAGAGCUUUCUCAGAGGACCACCCUUUUCGAUUCUCUUCAUCACUCUCCCUCUCGCCCUCCUAAACCCGAUUCCGAUAAAGACCUCGAAAUUUCCCGCUUAAAGAGGGAGCUGGGACGUGCAACAAAGCAGAUUGCUAAUCUGGAAAAGGAGUGUCUCAAGUUCCAGAAUGAAGAAAAAAGUGGUCGUAUUAAAUGUUCAGAGAGCAUACACAAGGAUUCUGAAAUUCUUGCUCUCGACUAUGAUAAAAUCCCUUCAAAAUUUCCAAACGGAGUAUCUUCAAAUAAUCUGGCUGUUGAGACAACUUUUAAAGCUAUAGGAAUUCAAACAGACAUGGUUAAUCAUCAAGAAGCUCAAGGUUGCAUAUGUGAUGAUCUGCCUGAUUAUAGUGACCUCUCCCAAAAGUUGGUGGCAGUAUGGGGAUCUCCAACUGACAAAAAGCUGGGAACUAACGCGAUAUCCAAGUUGCUUGUGGGUUGUCAAAGAGAUUUUCAUAUUCUUUUUGGCUGCAUGAGCAUGAGUCUGCCCUCUGAAAUAACAAGAGAAUUACUUACAGAUAUAAGCUCUUCAGGAGUAGCUUUGCAUUAUCUGAAGGAUUGUUUUCAUACAACAGAAGCAGAAAAGGUGUCACAUCUUUACCUUGCAUUGACAAAGAUAGCUGAUGGAACAUAUGUGUUGGAAACUUUGAUAGAACCGUUACUUGAUCUCUGUGGUAUGGAAAAUGUUGUUAUUGUUCGUAGCUCUCUAUGUAUUCUGCAUACUCUUCUGAAGCUCCUAAUGGAACUGGAAAAGAAUUUUGGAAGAAGGGACAAUGUCUUCAUUGAAGGACUUUGCGAUGGGAAGGACCUUAUGGAUUCUGGCAGAUUGGAAGAUGUAAAAGAUGGGACUCUGCUCAGGGACAAUGUCUUCAUUGAAGGACUUUGCGAUGGGAAGGACCUUAUGGAUUCUGGCAGAUUGGAAGAUGUAAAAGAUGGAAAGUUCUUCAACAAAGAAAUGCUAAGCAGAAAAGAGUGCUGGAACCAUCAAAACGCCUUACAACCUCAUGUAAAUUGGCUUUAUCUUUUUGAGAUAAUGCAUCAAAUUGCCAUGAGGAUCACAGAAGAAAGCGUGAGAGUGGAGGCAGCAACCAUCAUGAAGCUGGUUCUCCUGAGAAGUAAUGCUUACUUUGAGAGGGAGCAGUUUAGCCAGAAAAUAGUUUUUAAAACCAUUUCAGAAUUGCUUAAGAAGGAUGCUGGGCUGCGUGUUAAAAAACAUGCUCUAAGACUUCUGUACCUCGUACUAAAUUGUCCUAAAUUGUUGGCCACUUUCUGCUGUGGUUGCAAAGAAGGGGAUGAUAGUAGUGCUAUGGAUGACAGUGCAUCUGCUUCAGAUUUCCAAAAUUUUAAAAUCAUCCUUCAAGGAUUGGCUGAUUGUGUAGCAUCUAAUGGAGGUGGUUUACAAGAGUUGAAAAUAAGCAGAGAUGCUAUUCUUGUGCUGGCAUUCCUUGCAUCAUCCGGACAACCUGGUUUUGAAAUCCUCGUUGGGCAUAGGCUCCCUAGAGGGGUAAACUAUCUUAUGUUGAUUUUGCAAUUACUGGUAUCAGAGAUGGACCUUGAAGCUGGAGCACCCGAGGAGCAGCCUGAAAUUUUUAGGGAGAGGACAUUUCUAACACGGGAGAUACUCAUAUUACUUAACAGACUAGUGUCCAGUCCUUCAUAUUCUGCUACUGUUUUGCGCGGUUUAACGAGCACUAGGGAUAUGGCUGGCUUAUCAAUUGAUGUUGCAAGCAGAUUAUCUCGGAAAGGGAAGAAAAAUGAGCAGCAGGACAACGUGGUGAAGCAUAUAAGAGAAACUGAAAUCGUUGACCUUGCUCGCCUGUUCAAGAAAAGGGUAUUCACAUAUUUAGGAGAUGACUUAUUAUGAAGUCUCAUAUUCCAUUGAAGUUUUUUGUAUAUAUGCAUGCAUGAAUCAUUCUACUCAGGUAGGAACGAAGGCAGCGAAGGCACGCUAGUUUUUUGGAGGACUAUAGUAGCAUGAAUUUGUGGUAAGUUUCAGCAGUCGUACCUGGCGGAGAAAAUUUUGAUUGUUCUGACAAAUGUAUCUCUUAUUCAAAAUUUUGUAUAGUUGGAAGACUUCAUUUAGUGCAUAACGUGAUAUCAUUUGGAAUGUGGCCAUUAAUUAAGCAAUGGGUGGUCGAAUAAAAUGAUGUCACAUUAAUCUCUUAUUUUUU